AUGUCCGCUCUUUUUGACUCGGGUAAUGGCGUCUUAACGACUUUCUCGGAAAUGCCUCUAGCAUUGGAGCUGCGCAAUGUCCCGUUCGUGCAACAAAUAUCGGUAAACAGGGAUCAACCUACCUGGCUGUUCAACUACACUAUCGACGAGAAAAGCUUUUCACGCGUACUCGGCGACAUGGUGUGGGAUAACAUGCUGACCCUGCCUAAAGAUUGGAUGUACACCGCUAUGAUAGAUUCUGCGCUAGAGGGCCCCAAACCAGCAUGGAGCUCGGAUGAGUGGAGUUUUAUGCCUGUAUAUUUCGAUGUGGAGGGCAUCACCUCGGUUAAGAACAAUAGUUCAGCGGGUAGAGGCGCCCGCUCUGUGGGGAGUGUGAGAGUCAAUACGUCUGCGAUAAGUGCUCGCCUGGAAUGCAGUGCUGUUGAGUGGCCCAGAAACACGAGCCUGUGGCUUUUGUCGCAGGACCAAGGAUAUGGACGUAACAUCACUGGACUAGACAACUAUUUUACGAUAGCACCAGCUGUUUCCGAUCGCAAUUCCACGACUUGGCUUUCCACUCCAGGCAGCAUUCCACCGUGCUGCACCAAUCUCACUGGAAAUGCAACGUACAAUCCAGCCGUAGUUGCUUAUUGGACAGAAAAUUGGCAGGAAGUCUCCAACCCUGAAGGCAGUCGCGAUUAUCGUCCCUCUGGAAACUUUACAGUCAAAUGGAUUCGAGGCCCUGGAAAGAUUGAACGAAUCACGAAUAAGUCGGAGGUACACACAUUCGUGUUCCCAGAGCCGCCCGCUAUACAGGCAUUGAAUUGCAUGCCGAUAUUUGAGUCGAGCCGAGCAGAAAUCAGGGUCGAGCCUAGAACCGGUGUCAUACAGGACUAUCGCAUCGAUGAAGAUCCUCUCCGACGAGAGGAUGUCGCUUGGUCUGAUACAUCCCAAUGGCGCAACCCUUCGGAAGACGCUCAGUAUACCAACGUUAAUACUAAUCAUGACCCUGACCUUCGAGUCAACAGCUCUGACUGGAGGGCUAGCAGUUUCAAGUCUUAUGACUACAAUAUAAAUACAACUACCAGUUACGGACCCUUGUUCAUGCAAUGGCUGUUGAAAGCCGCAAAUAUCGAUGGGCCUCCCUCUAAGAGUCCACCCAGAGCACACGAGAACCGCCCAAGACCUAACCCUGUCUAUACAGACAACAGGGCCUUCAAUAUGCGAGACAACACAACAGGUCUUAAUCUCGAUUUUAUGUCGUACGCCGCUUACGCACAAAUGAGAUUUGAUCCUACCGCCCUACUAGAUCCGGAAGUCUUGGCUAGAACAUCCUCAACUGUCUUCUCGACCUUCUUCCAGCACUUUGUCAACAGCAACAUGUCGCGCGAAUCCGGCGGUUAUGUCUACCAACCUAGGGGCAUGGAACUCAAGAUCAACGCCCCAAUGGACGAUAUGCCAAUUCAGUACAUGCCUGGUGGAUCCAUAGCGCCAAAGUUCGAAGACAUAGUCCGCAACACCAGUGCAACAACAACAGCGGAAACAAGCACCCAGGUCGAAGUUCUCCAGAUGAAUCUCGUCGCGUUCUGGAUCGCCGCAAGCAUUCUAAUCUGGCUUAUCAUCACCAUCCUCAUCCUUGGAUCGGUGCAAAGAAGAUACUACGGCGGCAUGAUGCGCAACAUCGAAUGCAUCGCCGACGUGCUGGUUCUCAUCGCUGGAAGCGAACGUUUACUUGAAGUUAUCAGAGAAAAGGGCUUUGAUGCUAUAGUCAAGGAGGAUAAGAUGUUGACGCGUAUGGGAUGGUUUCGAGAUGUUGAUGGAACCAUGCGAUGGCGGAUUGACUUGGUCGAGGAGAAUCAAGUUCAGCGACAGCCCAUUCGUUUAGGGCCUGGGUAUGUUCCAGUGACGAAUGGCAAUGGGGACUGCGAUGUAGAUGCUGGGUCUAGUCGUAGCGUCUCCCCACCGGGCAGCAACGACGAAGGUCGUGUAGAUGCUGUGUCGAACGCUGGCGUUGUCAGGUCGAGAUGA